GUGCAAUCUAGAUUGCAGCAUUUGGGGCUGUCUGCCCGCCUCGAAGGAGUUAAAUGUGAAUAAGCCUCUCACUAAUAUGUGAGUUAUGUCAACACGCUUCGAUACAGCGUCCUAGAUCUCCUAUUUAUCUUCCCGGAUCAGUUGUGGAGCUCGCAUCCUCUUUUCCCUGCCCUGCCUCCUCCCCUCGCUCCUCCUCCUCCUCCUCGGCUGUUGCUUGCGGAGGCUGUGGCGAGAGUGACCUAGCAGAGCGGAUUCCGCAGUCCGGGACUCGGGUCGCCGGCUGACCUCGCCUGACAAGAGCUUUAUUACCAUCCCCACUCGACCAUUUUAAGUCCGUGCGGCCAAGCCCGUCUGAUCCGAAGUGGGAGAUGCUGUCAUCCUGUUUAUUGCGAAAUUUACCAUUGGGGCUGAUCAAUGAAUCCUGCUAAAGGUUAUUCAUCACUUCAAAGCUCCAACAGAGCUCGAGGGCUGUGCUUUUUAGAACUGACUGGAAGGAUUGCCUUGCUCUCUCCCUGAUUACACCCGUCUCCCUCUGGGAGAGAUGCAGUGACUUCAUUGUGGAGCUGAAGAACCAGUUAAAGGAUUCAGUGUUAUUUCUUCAACUGAGUUCUCCUGGGAAAUCAACAGAAGAACAUCUAUCACUUGCCAUUAUAUUGAUUGUGCCUGUCUUUUACCAGUGGAAAUACGUUGUUGAUAAGACCAUGUCCCUGUAGUCGAGGUGUACGUUGGAAAAAAAUCUAGUUUUUAGAAAGCAUAAUGGACGACGGAUUUGGGAAUAAUUCAAACUUCUUCCAAGGAGCUAAGGACAUUGCCAAGGAGGCCAAGAGGCAUGGAAGGAUGCAGGACUCCUACAAUCGAUAUGAUGGCGGUGGGGACUAUGCCUCCUACGAUGGGGAUUAUUACAACAGUGGUGAGCCUCAAGUGCAGGAGGACGCUGACAGCGAUGCCACGGAGGGGCACGACGAAGAUGAUGAAAUCUAUGAGGGGGAAUAUCAAGGAAUCCCCCACCCCGAUGACAUUAAAGCCAAUCGGAUGGCAGCAGCUCAACCCAUUUCAGAUGAGUACAGGGACCAAGCAGACCUCAUGGCGGAGCGCAUGAAGGACGAGGAGCAGCUGGCGCACCAGUACGAGUCGAUCAUUGAGGAGUGCGGGCACGGGCGUUUCCAGUGGAUGCUCUUCUUUGUCCUCGGUUUGGCCCUAAUGGCUGAUGGAGUAGAGGUGUUUGUGGUAGGCUUUGCACUGCCCACAGCGGAAAGAGACAUGUGCAUGUCAGACUCCAAUAAAGGAAUGCUGGGGUUAAUAGUGUAUUUGGGAAUGAUGUUUGGAGCCUUCAUUUGGGGAGGUCUGGCAGAUAAAAUGGGCAGAAGGUAUUGUCUGAUCAUCGCCUUGAGCAUCAAUGGAGUCUUUAUUAUCUUCUCAUCGUUUGUCCAAGGUUAUGGCAUCUUCCUGUUCUGCCGACUACUUUCAGGAGUUGGCAUUGGUGGCUCCAUCCCCAUUGUCUUUGCCUACUUCUCUGAAUUCUUGUCUCGUGAGAAGCGAGGAGAACACCUCAGCUGGCUGUGCAUGUUCUGGAUGAUCGGUGGGAUUUAUGCUUCCGUGAUGGCCUGGACCAUCAUCCCACAUUAUGGCUGGGGCUUCAGCAUGGGUUCGUCCUUCCAGUUCCACAGCUGGCGCCUGUUUGUCGUCGUGUGUGCUAUUCCUUGCCUCUCUGCCCUCAUUGGUCUUGUAUUCAUGCCGGAAAGCCCACGAUACUUACUGGAGAUUGGGAAGCAUGAUGAAGCCUGGAUGAUCUUAAAGCAGAUUUAUGACACAAACAUGAGAGCUAAAGGCCAUCCUGAAGCUGUGUUCACGGUAUCCCAUAUAAAAACCCCAAUACAAAUGGAUGAGUUCAUUGAGAUUCAGAGCUCCACGGGCACUUGGUUCCAGCGCUGGCUGGUCAGGAUUAUGACCGUAGUGAAGCAGGUCUGGCAGAACAUGCUGCUGUGCUUUUUACCAAAGUACAGGAUGACAACUCUUUUCCUGGCAGUGGUUUGGUUUACCUUGUCCUUCAGCUACUAUGGACUGACUGUGUGGUUCCCAGACAUGAUCAAGUACUUUCAGAAUGAAGACUACGAAUCCAGAAUGAAAACGUUCCACCAGGAGAGAGUUGAGCACUUCACAUUCAACUUUACACUGGAAAACCAGUUACACACAGAAGGAGAGUACAUUAAUGUCAGAUUCAUUGGGAUAAAGUUCAAAUCUGUGACCUUUGAAGACUCUCUGUUUGAGGAUUGCUACUUUGAAGACAUCACAUCAACGAACACUCAUUUCAAGAACUGUACCUUUGUGGCCACCAUCUUCUAUAACACAGAUCUCUUCAAGACAAGGUUUUACAACAGCAGGUUUGUAAACAGCACGUUCCUACACAGCAAGGAAGGCUGCCAGAUUGACUUCACCGAUGAUGCUGAAACUGCCUUUCUUACCUACCUGGUCAGUUUCCUUGGGUCUUUGGCGGUGUUGCCGGGAAACAUUGUAUCUGCCCUGUUUAUGGAUAAAAUUGGAAGGAUUAAGAUGAUUGGGGGAUCAAUGCUGUUGUCAGCCAUUACCUGCUUCUUCCUGUUUUUUGGGAGCAACGAGUCAGCCAUGAUCGGAAUGCAGUGUCUGUUCUGUGGGGUCAGUAUAGCGGCGUGGAACGCAUUGGACGUGAUCACAGUGGAGCUGUACUCUACAGAUAAAAGAGCAACAGCAUUUGGAAUUCUGAAUGGACUCUCCAAGUUUGCAGCCAUACUGGGUAUAUCUAUAUUUGCCUCCUUCGUGGAAAUAACUAAGGUGAUCCCCAUCUUGCUGGCUUCUAUUGCGUUAGUGGGAGGCGCCCUGCUCGGCCUCCGGCUUCCCGAGACCCGGGAGCAAGUUCUGAUGUGAGAGGCUUCUCCAACCCAUUCUGGACUCACAGUAUACGCACAGCUGCUAACCACAUUCCUUACAGCCUGAAGCAUCCACUCCACCAUCUGUGCUUUCUGAGACUGGACAUACUUGUGGUAUCUGUACACUUAAUACAGUUUCAUGUAGCUAGUCAAUGUGUAUUUACAGAAGUUGUCCUGUACAAAUACUCUUUAGGCUGGGAUGGGAGAGGUCAGAAACCAUUGGAAGUGUUGUCUUUGGUCAGUGUUGCACACCCUUAAUUUUAAUUUCUCUUUCUUCUUUGUUAAAAAUCUUCGUACAUCUAGACCUGACCCUAUGAAGGGUCAGUACCCUGCUCUCAGUUAAUGGAUCCAUCCAUGGAAUUUCAGCCAUGCAUAUUUCAUGCCAACUUGAUAAGGUGUUGACAUUUGUGGCAGGGGAGAGGAAUUCAUGUCCCUCCCCACUGCAGAUCACAAUUAGCAACACCGAACUGGGUUGUCCCUGGUGAGAUGGCACGCCUUUAAGGGCCGCACCAUCAGUCUGACUGUUAACUCUUAGCUUCUCCUUCAGAAAUGGAGCACCAUUAGGAUAUCCUGAGAAAGCCUGCCAAGGGGUGCACUGGGCCUUUGCCGUAGGAUCUCGAAGGCCCGUCAGUGCCGCGUCUGUGUUCGCAAGUGAGUGGUGGGGCAAAGUGGCAACUCUGGUGGCCCAGAUUCAAUCCGGACCGGCAGUGCUCUCUGUGUGUGGAGUAUGCACGUUCUCCCUGUGUCCGCACGGGUUUCCUCCAGAGAGUCCUGUUUCCUCACCCAUCCCAGUGACGUCGGGUUUGGCAGGUUAGUGAUCCGCUGUGAAUUGUCCUUUGUGUAACCCCAGUGGGGAGAAUGAAGUAGAAUUAGAGUUGGAUUAGUAUGAAUGGGUGCUCAAAGGCUGGUGGGGGCCUGCUGGGGUAGAAGGGCCUAAUUCUAUGCAGUAUGACUUCAUGACUCCAUGUGAGUGGAUCUAUGGAAUGCCAUGUGGGGAUUGUGCUGGAGGUAGAUACAUUAGGGGUAUUUAAGGGAUUAUUAUAGAGGCAUGUUUAUUUAUUUAUUUAUUGAGCUACCGCAUGGAAUAGCUCUCUCCACCCAGCAACUUCUGCUUAAUCCUAGCCUCAUCAAGGGACAAUUCUACAAUGACCAAUUAACCUACCAACUAGUACAUCUUUGGGCUGUGGGACAGAACCAGCUCUGCCCUGACAAUACUCAGUGAGGCCCCACCUAACUUAUUGGUACCAGACGAAUGGCACCAACCUCACUUCCCCCGGGCCCAACAGGCUUAACAGGCUUGGUCCUUUUGUGGGAAUUGGGUUCAUGAUGCUGUCCUUUGGAAGAAUGUUAAAUCAGACUCUUGCUUGUUUUUCAUGUGGGCAUGAAUGGAGGGUGUCGCCUAGAAACGGAUUUAGUUCUGAAGAAGGGUUUCAACCUGAAAUGUCGACUGCACAGAUGCCAUAAGACCAUAAGCAUAGGAACAGCAUUAGGCCAUUCGGCCCAUCAAGUCUGCUCCGCCAUUCCCUCAUGGCUGAUUCAUUAUCCCUCUCAACCCCAUUCUCCUGCCUUUUUCCUGUUACCAUUGAUACCUUUAUUAAACAAGAACCUGUCAACCUCUGCUUUAAAUAUACCCAAUGACUUGGACUCCACAGUGUCUGGGGCAAUUAAUUCCACAGAUUUAUCACCCCCAGGCUUAAGAAAUUCCUCCUCAUUUCUGUUCUAAAGGGAUAUGCAUGUUUUCUGAGGCUGUUCCCUCUGGUCCUAUUGGAAGCACCCUUCCACAACAAUUCUGUCUAGGCCUUUCAAUAUCCAAUCGGUUUCGAUGAGAUCUCCCCUCAUUCUUCUAAACUCAAUUGAGUACAGGCUCAGAGACAUCAAAUGCUCUUUGUAGUGGAAUGGUAGUGUAGUGGUUAGCACGACACUUUACAGUACCAGUGACGUGGGAUUCACGGGGGUUCAAUUCCCGCCGGUGCCUGUAAGGAGCCCGCACCUUCUCCCCAUGGCCACAUGGGUUUCCUCCAGGUGCUCCGGUUUCCUUGCAUAGUCCAAAGACGUACCAGUUGGUAGGAUAAUUGGUCAUUGUAAAUAGUCUUCUGAUUAAGCCAGGAUUAAAUUGGCAGCACACCUGGAAGGGUCUAUUCCCAAGGGCUGUAUCUCAAUAAAUUUAUUUAAAAAAUUAACCCUUUCGUUCCCAGGAUAAUUCUCGUGAACCUCCUCUGGACCUUCUCCAAUGUCAACCCAUCCUUCCUUCGAGGCAGGGCCCAAAGGGACCCAUAGGGCUUUGAUACACGAAGAGUUCUCCACUCUGCUUCAACUCCCACAUGCAAUGGUGUGGUGUGUUUUCCAUUUCCUAUGUUAUUUUGGAGUGCAAUUGGUGGUAAAUGAAGAGAGAUAUUGCUCUUUAAGGGUCCUUCAGCAGCUAACAGAAUUCCAUCUGAAGUAGAAGUCAGCUAACUUGCCCUGUCCUUCAACACUAUUAAGGUUUGAGCACAGAAUGAUUUCCAUCUUCUGCAGAAUCUCUUGUGUUUAUUAUUAAGGCUUAUCUGCCUCAGGCAUCAAUUCUUCUUCUGUGACAUCAAUUACCUGAUUUUUCAAACUUUAUCUACCUCCUCUUGAAGUACCUCUAUUUAUCUAGCCUACACAGCCCUCCAGGGCAGCAAAUUCCAGAGAUGCACCACCCACUGAGAGAGACGCAAAUGAUAUUAAUUUUAGUUUUAAACCACCACACCUUUAUUGCAAUUAUUGUGGGUUUGAGUUAAAUUGAAAUAACAUUAUUUAAAUAAGGCAGCAGAUCUCUGAUCUCCUGGCACUGACCAACAGACAGAGUUCUGUAAGCUGCUGUAGGAACCCCAGAGAGCAACAGAUCCCUUCAGAUGCUAUUAAUUCCACUCCAGGAUACCACCACAGAAAAUGCAAGUAACGUCACAUCAUUGUAUGAGAUGCCUUGUAGCAGAGCAAUGAAUUAGUUGUAUUUUCAAUCAUACAAUAGCUGACCAGGGGACACUCCCUGUUCACCGAGGAAUGGGGACAAAGAAGUAUUCUAUUCCUCAGCUUGAUAAAUACCUUGAUAAAAACGACUAUGUAUAUGAUACACACAAAAUGCUGGAGGAACUCAGCAGGCCAGGCAGCAUCUCUGGAAGCAAGUAAGCAGUCAAAGGAAGGGGGAAGAUGCCAGAAUAAAAAGGUGGGGGGAGGAGAAAGAGGCCGGCUGGAAGGUGAUAGGUGAACCCAGGUCGGUGGGAAAAGUCAAGGUCUACAGAAGAUGUACGCGACACCUCGACCUGCAAAUAAGUUGCCAUUCCUCACUGUCACUGGGUCUAAACCCUGGAAUUCUAUACCCAACAGCACAAGGAUUGCAGUGGACCAAGAACACAGUUCACAUCCAUCUUCUCAAGGGUAACUAUGAGGAGAUAGUAAAUAAUGGCCUUACUGAUGACACUAUACCUUUAUGAAAGAAAAAUAUCAUCAUGCAACAAGCAGCACUCCAUCAUCCUAAUGACAACUAUUUCAAUGUAUCUAAUGACUCUCUUUUCCUCAGCCCUAUCCACAGAUCUCUGCAAGCAUUUUUCUUAAGCACAUAUUCAAUUUGUCAGCCUAAAAAUGAUUAUUGUGUUGAAAUUGAAAAUGUAAUUCCAUAGAGUAUCUGCAGUACAGAUGCCAAGAGCUAACUGCACCUCACAAUUUUUACUUUAAUGGUAUUCUGACAAGAAAAAUCCCACUCCAAGAUAGUAAUAAAGCUUUAUUUAUCAUUGAUGAGCCAUUAAUAUUUACCAGUCUCAGUCCAACCGCGAAUAUCGUAAAAGUUUUCCUUCCUAUGAGCUUUGCAGAGAUGCUAUACUCUGGAUUGCCUGCAGAUUCACCGGCCUGUGUGCUGAUUGGAAUCCACCAGGCGCAAAAUGUAGAAAAUAGAAGGUGAAACACCUUGGAAUACUCUGUGCAGACAGUAAGCACUUGGAAGAGAGCAGAAGCAGAGUUGUUUUAGGUGUGAAUCCUUUGCCAGGACUGCAUCCAAGCUGUUCCUGUCACCGCUCCAUCUGGCAAAGGAAGGGAAGCCAUUUACAUCACGUUUUCCACAUCUCCAACACUCUAGUGGACUGAAUUAUUUGUUCUGGAUAAGCCUAGUGUUCAUUAUCCAGCCCUAGUUACCCCCUGAACCAAGUGACAAGCUAGGCCAUUUUGGAAGGCAGCAACAAAACGCAUUCUGAUUGGUUGGUUUGGAGUCACAUACCGUCUCAAUAUGUAAAGAGGGAUUUGUUUUCCAUCCGGAGAAGUUAGAGUUAAGUUGAUAAAGUAGGUAGAAAAAUGGCGGGCUCUCUGUAGGAGGGAAGGGUUAGAUUGAUUAUAAACCGAAAGACCUGUAUUGUGAUGUUCUCUUCUUGUCAUGGUCCCUUCUGGCAAUCCCCCACCUUGCGAUUUACCUGAGGAAUUGGGCCUCAAUCCCCUCAUUUAAUUUCCAAUCAUUUCGUGGUGCUACUAAUUACACACGCCUGCUUUCCAUCAGAAAAUGCAGGAUAAAGACCCUGUGAUCACAACAAGGAGUUGCCAGUUCGUUGGUCGACUCUGGUGUGAGUAACCUCAUUUUAUGGGUCUCAGGGCUAUCAGUUCUAAGUCUAGCAUCACUUCUGGAUUCUCUCCAAACCCAAGGUUUUGGGUAAAGACUCUCCCGGAAACCAAUUCCACGCUCGCUAUGGCAGUAACGCCUCCCAACUCUGCCCUGCGCCUGUGUUCUGCACUUGGGUUUGUCCACUGCCACGCUCGUGUAACACUUCUAUGUUUUAUAAACCCCCAAAAAGAUACUACUAGGACGAUAGGGGAGAACACAUCAAAGAAGUUCUGGAAGCCUCUCUGAAAAAACUGUAACACCCUUAUUGACUCUGGAGAAACCUUCAUAUGUGGCUACUCAAAAUGGAGGAGAGACCUCCAGGAUGAUGGUGAGGACCUCUUUACUAGAAGUACUGUAUGUAGAGACCAAGGGCAAACACUCGAAGGAAAACGAAACCUCCCAAACCCUGCCCAGCCACAGUGCGGACCCUGUUUUAGAGUUAGUAAAUCCCACAGAGGUGUCUUCAGCUACCUCAGAUCCACAGAUGUGGGACUGAGGGAAUGGCCAGGGAGAAGAAGAACUGUUCUUAUCAAUAUUUAAGGAAUUUCAUAAUCACUAUUACUAACAUAAGCUUUUUUUAAAAGAUUUCUUUAAAUUCACCUACCAAAGAGGGAAUUAAUUCGUGCUUCUGGAUAAAUAUUCUAAGCCUCUGCAUUUUGGUUCACCUACUUGACUCGCUACCUUGCACCCAAUGAAAACUUUGAUGUGAAGUCAGUGUUUUUGAGCUGGAAAUAUAAUGGACAUUAUGCACACAGGAAGAUCCCACAAAUAGCAAUAAAUAAAUUCAUGGGCAUUGUGAAGCAGCUUGAAGGAUAAUUCCCCACCCCAGGGAAAAAUGUAGAGAAAAGAGAAGCAAAUCACAUAAACGGCAAAAAAAGCAAGGGAAAAACACAGAAUGUAAAACACCAAACCACAAAGUCCAGAUAUAUAUUCAGUUCGGCUCAGUUCAGUUCAAUCUAGCGCUGUGCCUUUCGUUAUCUGCAGACUGCCCCGAUCAAAGUCACACAAAAUAGCAACAAAAAUAGACUUAGAUGCAGAAUGAUCCAUUUGGAUGGUGAAAGCUUUAGUCUAUGUGCCACCUGAAUGGAUCAUCCCAUCACUAAGUACAUCGAAGUAGUACAAAAGGAAAUGAAGAAUAUAGUGAAAGUGCACUACAAGGGCCUUGAAGAGGUAGACUGAGAGAUCAGGAGUCUCUCUUUGUUGUAUAAGUGAUCCAUCCAAGGUUCGGUUGGAUAAAAGCUGUCCUUGAGCUGGUGGUAUGUGUUCUCGAGCUUCUGUGGCCUCUGCCCAAUGGAAGAGCUGGGAGGUGUUGGGGGAAGAGAGAAUGACCAGGGUAGGUUGGGUCUUUGAUUAUGUUGGCCCCUUUCCUGAGAAGGGAGUCUGGAUUUUGUGAUAGGCUGGGCUGUGUUCACAGCUCUCUGCAAUUUCUUGUGGUCCUAAGCAGAGCCAUUGCGGUACCAAGCUGUGAUGCACCCGGACAGAAUGCUGUCUUUGGUGCAUCGAUAGACAUUGACGCAGGUCCUCGGCGAUAUGCCAAAUUUGAGAAAGCAGAGCACUGGCAUGUUUACUUGGCCAUAGGGUCCACCUGGCCAAACCAGGACAAAUUGUUGAUGAUACCUACCACCGGAACGUGAAGUUCUGAACCAUAUCCACCUGACAGAGUUGUGUGCUUUGCCUUGCUUCCCAGAGGCAUCAAUGACAACUCUGUGUGCGCGCACACACACGCACACAAUAUCACCACAGAAAGAUGGAAUCUGUGGAGAUCAUGGACUCAGUGAUGGAGAGCAACUCAACUACAUUUCUUUUCCCAAGCUAUUCACACUGAUAGCUUCACUGACUCAAUAAUUGCAACACAAAGGGCUUCAGUAUUAAAUGAUUGUAUAUGGGAUAUGAAAUGUAAAAGAAAUAUCUGUGUUGUCUAAAUGUGCAUGCUGCUUUGCCAGUCACAUGUUGACAAAUCAUUCAGUGCAAUAUAAAUGCGUCUAAUUUAUAUGCGUCUAGAGAUGUGCAUGCUGCAAGAAGAGUGGCUGCUUCCGUGGGUUGUAGAGGCCACUACCUUUUAAAUGUUCACUGCUAGGCACAUCAAUGAAAAUAAAAUGGAAUAUUUUUCCAUCCUGAUCAAAGGCAAUACCCCUUUCAUUUCAAUGUUUGCAACUCUGUCAGAAACUUUUACGAUCAGUCUUUAGGCAAACAGCUUCAUUGUGAUAGGCUUAUUGUACUGCUGAUGUCAAUUCUCACAUCAUGUUCAUGGAUGUUAGUUUAGUCUCCCUAAAACCUGGCAUAUUGUUAAUUAUAAAUAAAACAUUGUGUACCCACUUCGAAGUGAGAAUAAAAAAAAUAUUUCUUUCUCAUGUUUCAUUUAAUCGCAGUCAUAUCUACCAAUUAUUUUUCUACAAGUUUGUCUGGCUGUUCUUUGGCGAAUCAGAUGGGUCCAUGUCUGCCUUGUUUUGGUGUAUGUUAUAUUAAAAAAAAAUUUGACAUUUUUAUUGCGUGACCGGAAUUUAAUUUAAAUAGGUAAGAAAGUGUUACAUCUGUGCACACUUCUUGUCCAACUCUUUA